AUGAGUAAAUAACAAAAAAAAAACAAAAAAAACCAUUCUGAUGAAGAUUUGAACAAAAAAAAAUUAGCUAAAAUAUAUGAUGACAAUCUAGCUAAUAAUGAUGAGGAUGACUAAGAUUUUGAAAUGGAUUCUAAAGUUGAGGAGGAUGAUGAGAUUGAGCAAGAUGGUAUUUAUAUAACCUUAUAUGAUUAGGUGAAUACACAUCUUAACAUUCUAGUAUUGAUAUAAAUGCAUAUUUAAAACAGAGAAAUUAAAUUCCUAAUACAGAUGAAGAUGAAGAUGAAGAAGAAGUUUAAUAAAUUGAAAGCUAGCCAUAAACAAAAAAAAACAAUAAGAUUCAAAAAUCUAAGAAAAAAAUUUAAUAAAAAGUAUAAAAAGAUUUCGAGUACGAGGAUGAUGAUAAUAAUAAUUAAAUCGAUGAUGAAGAAGAAGAACCAAAUCCUAAAAAAAAAAUUUAAUUAUAAUAAAUCAAAAAAAAACAAAUAAUUAAAAAGUCUAAAUGA